AUGUUUCUUCCACCUAUACUUUGCUCUCUUUUCCUGUCACUUGCUGCAGCCGGAAACCACAGCGCCCAACUCUUCACACGCCAAGAGUUAUGCAACUCUGCCGACCAACCGGUCAAAGCAUGCGGAGCGGCAGACCUGACAACAGCUAACUGGGCGUCGUUCAAGAUCGAUGACUUUUUGUCUACCUUUGUCCAAACAUUCGGCGCUGGGACCAGCACCACUCUUGGCUUCCCCGGAUAUUUCGUUCAACAGAACCUCUUGGAUGGCGAACAGUUCCUCUUUGAUUGCUCAAUUAUCGGUUCCGGUGCAGGGUCCGAUUUGUGCAAACAUCCAACCGGGGUGAAACCAAAUCUAGGGACCGACUGCGCCUUCAAAGACAUUCCCAACGUCGGCCUCUCGCCGUGCGGCAACUACAUAACGCCUCAGGCAGGAUUCGUAGUGGAGAACUUCAUUCGAUUCCACCAAGGAGUGUCGAAUAACUUCCUGGCCAUUGAAGAUGCCGGAAAUGCCAUUCUGCAAUCCAGCUUCAUCAAUGAUGUCGUUGACGGGCUCUCCGAGGAGCAAGGCAAUAUCCUGGAAGCCGUGUUCGAGGCGAUUGCGGGAUUUGUUCUUGGAAUCCUACCCUUUGGAAGGGCCUUCACACUUGGAGUUAAGCUUUUCAAAAACCUUGACCGAAUAUACGCUCUGGCUGGAGACGAUAAGGCCCUAAGCGGACCAUUGGACGUGAUUCGCACGAUUGAAGCGAACGAGGCAAUCCAAGAUCUGGCGGAGCGAACCAAGGACCAGCUACGACGACAAGUCCAAGAGAUCGUUGACAGUUCGCAGAGGCGCAUGUCGGAGUCGGUCGAUAUCGUCUUCGGUACAGGACCGAAGUCGGCGGCAGGCCAGGUCGGAAUUGACGCACAGGACAACUUCGCGUUCAACCUGGCCCAGAGUGGAGGUUUCUUGGACGCCGUUCCAUCUCGCGAGGAGCUUGCUGCAACCAUGGAGACGAACCUGAAGAACUGGAUUGUGAGCUCCACAAUGACCGGCAUGGACUGGAACAUCGUGCUCGACCCUACUCGAUUGGAAGAUGACCCGGCCGACGUUGGGGGUGUUUGCCGGAAAGCAAUGAAAGGUGUUCCAUUUAUCCUUGGCACUCAAUGUGCCGAGUUUCGCAGAGGAGGAUUCGAUAGCCCCAAGCCCGAGAAUCCUGCUGUGCUGGAGUCGUUGAUCGAUGUUUCAGAGGCUAUACGCAAUGCAGAGGAAUGCAACGGAAGAAGUCCGAACUGGCAAUCCGUUGUCGACGGAACCGACGACUCCACGACCUCACUGCCACGAUGCUUAUAUACCUUUCCCGUUAUAAGUAUCGCCGAUAGAGUGUCCGACGGCGUUUGA